AUGUCAUUUUGGAGACCAGCAAUCCAAUCAUUACAUUUGGGUCUUGAACGCUUCAGACGCAAUAUCAAUCGAAAUCGAAGAAUUCAGUCGAUUUUGAUUGAAGGAGAAGAAUGCAAUGAAGUGGAAUUACUUGGAAAAGGAGCGUUUGGAACAGUCGUACUCGUGAGAGCAAAAAAUCAUUCGGAAAAACAGUUUGCGGUCAAAAUUUUAUCUACCAGGAGAAAUCAGACAUUCUCGGCAACUGAGGUGUAUUUUCUCCGUCUAUUGCCUCCACACGAAAACAUUAUUCGAAUGAUUGAAAUGAUAAAAACUCCAGAUUUCUACCAAGUGGUUUUGGAGUACGCGACUGAAGGAACAUUAUCGGACAAGUUAGUCGAAAAUGUGCCGAUGAAAGCAAAGAUCGCCCAGUACUUCUUCAAACAUCUAAUUGAAGGACUUAGCUGUAUUCAUGAGCAUGGCAUUAUGCAUAAUGACAUAAAACCAGAUAACCUUCUUAUCACCAGACAGGGAGAUAAAGAAAUAUUGAAAAUAUCUGAUUUUGGAUUGUCGAUGCUAUUUCGGUCCGACAAGUCGGAAAGAAUUUUACACUAUAUCAAUGGCACAGACGCGUACAAUGCUCCCGAAAUGUACAGCAGAAGUUUUCGAGGACCACCAAUCGAUAUUUGGGCGGCCGGAAUUGUGCUCAUUGUUAUGCUCACAACUAAAGAACCAUGGUCAAAAGCAGUACGCACCAACCGCUCUUAUUUGUACUGGAUAGUGGGAGAACAGGGGAUAUGGGAACACAUUGAUGACUUUUCACUUGAUUUCAUCAAGACUAUUCUUCAAUUUGAUCCAGCCAUCCGGGCUGCUAUCCCAACAAUCAAACAAAGUCCGUGGUAUCGACACGAUUUCAACACUGCAUCUUGA